GAGCAAAUUAUCUUCUACAACGAGUCACGACCCAGCAAUAGAAAUGAGUAAGCCUUCUCUAAUACUCCAGCUUACUAAGCUUGUUUUAUACCAUAUUCUACUUUGGCAACUUGGACGCUGGCCUCAAUCCAAAUUCCACUGUGGAGCCGACGUGGCCGGACUGCCAGUAGAUGAAGUGUCUGCUCUUCAAGCCAUUACGAGAGACUUAGAAUUGAAGCAACAACAAACCAUUACAGACAAAUCGUGCGAUGGAACAUUUUAUGGUUUUACAAUCAAUUGUGAUUGCAAUAACGCGACUAAUCUAUGCCGCAUCUCUAAAAUUGAAAUAAACAACCUUGAUUUAACUGGAACCAUUCAUGAAGCUGUGAGUUAUCUUAGCAAUCUAACGUACCUCUCUCUAGCCAACAACAAACUUCAUGGCAGCAUUCCUGAUACAUGGGGGAAUUUGAUGGAUCUCGAAUACCUGGAUCUAUCCUCCAAUCAACUCAGUGGUCUAGUACCAGCAAGCUUAGGGAACCUGGCUUCUCUUCAAAACCUAUAUCUGAAUAACAACUUGCUUAGCGGAGGUAUACCACGAAAUUUUGGUUCAUUGACAAAUCUUAUUCAAAUGACUAUGCAGUUUAAUAAGCUAUCAGGCUCAAUUCCUGAUGAUUUUGGAAAGCUUUCGAGUCUUUCAUAUAUGGAUCUGUCUGAGAAUCAGCUCUCUGGUCCUCUUCCAGAAAGCCUCGGAAAUUUGAAUUCACUCAGCUCCUUCUACGUGUCGGCCAAUUAUUUGAGUGGGGAAUUUCCAAAAGGUUAUGACCAGCUCACAAGUCUGGAAUACUUUUCAAUAGCCGGGAAUUACAUUUCUGGUCCCUUACCAGUUGAAACCAUAGCCAAGUGGACUAAUAUCAAUUACCUGGUGCUCGUGGGAAACAAUUUCGAAGGAAACUCGACGACUAAAUAUACUGAAAUAUUCAAUUUGCCAAACCUUCAGUAUCUGUUCAUAAGUGACCUGGCAAAUGACGGUUUCCAAUUACCACCAAAUAUCUCCAACAGUGCCAAUUUCAUUUCUCUAACACUGAGGAACUGCUCAAUCACCGGCCCAAUCCCCAAAUACAUUAGUGAAAAUAUGACAUCUCUAAGAUACCUAGACUUGAGCUUCAAUAAGUUAACCGGUGGCCUCCCUUAUUAUAUGAAAUCAGAUAUGAUUUACAUGUCUUUUUCUGGAAAUAUGCUUAACGGGCCAAUCCCACGUUGGAUAUUUCGGGCCUUGCAAACUAGGAUGGAUCUUUCGUUCAACAAUUUUUCAGCAGUAGACUAUGCAGUUCCAAGCAACCUACAUCUGAAUUUGUUUGCCUGCUGCCGCGACUCCUCAACCUCUUUACCAGAUAUGAUGGAUCCGUUUGAAAUGAAGAACAAAUACUGUCCUCGAAACAAACCAAAGUACCAUUCCUUGUUUAUUAAUUGUGGUGGUGAAGAGACAACUGUUCUUGGGAAUAUAUAUGAUCAAGAUAAUGACACAUCCCCCUCUUACACAAGUCCAAAUAAAAACUGGGCUUACAGCCUUUCCGGAGACUGGCUUGUACAAACAGUAAUGGCAGUGAUUACAUCAAGAGCACGACACGUGGAGUUUCCAUUACUGAGGCACCCCUGUAUGAAAAAGCUCGUCUGUCCGCGGUAUCUCUCAAGUAUUAUGCUUUUUGUCUGCGCAAAGGCAAUUAUACUGUGACGCUUUAUUUCAAAGAAGUUGUAUACACUGAUGAUGCAAACUAUACUAGUCUAAGAAAACGUGUAUUUGAUAUAUAUAUUCAGGGUAACAGGACAGAAAAUUAUUUCGACAUUAUAGACAAGGCGGGCAAUGGAGAAAAACCGAUAACUGUAAAUCAUUCAGUCGAGGUUGCACAUGAUAGUGAUACGUUAGAGAUCCACUUGUACUGGCCUGGAAAGGGGUCUACUGGUUACCGACCUAGUUUUAAUGGACCUCUAAUAUCAGCUAUUUCUGUGAAUCCUGAGUUUGAAAUUAAUCCCGACAAACUAAAAGGUCAACGUGUUGCAUUGAUUACGAUUGCUUCAAUUGUUGCUGCUCUGCUGCUUUUAUUGGCUUUUGCUUGGAGGAUGGGGUGGCUGACAAGCAAAGAGGUCCACA